CCGGCCGCCCUAGAGACAUUGAGGGAGAGAGGGAAGGGGACAGCCACAAGACUCCUGCCCUUGAGGCUGCUGGGCCAGCCCACAGAAGUCUCCACAGCAUGUGGGAACUCCGGUCCAUAGCCUUCUCCAGGGCUGUGUUUGCAGAGUUCCUCGCCACACUCCUCUUCGUCUUCUUUGGCCUGGGAUCCGCCCUCAAUUGGUCACAUGGCUUGCCCUCUGUGCUGUCGAUCGCCAUGGCCUUUGGCUUGGCUAUUGGCACCCUGGUGCAGGCUCUGGGCCACAUCAGCGGGGCCCACAUAAACCCUGCCGUGACUGUAGCCUGCCUGGUGGGCUGCCAUGUCUCCUUUCUCCGAGCUGCCUUCUAUGUAGCUGCCCAGCUGCUGGGAGCUGUGGCAGGGGCUGCCCUGCUCCAUGAGAUUACACCACCAGCCAUCCGAGGGAACCUGGCUAUCAAUGCACUCAGCAACAAUGCGACAGCUGGCCAGGCCGUCACUGUGGAGCUUUUCCUGACCUUGCAGCUGGUUCUCUGCAUCUUUGCCUCCACUGAUGAGCGCCGUGGAGAUAACCUGGGCACCCCCGCGCUUUCCAUUGGCUUCUCUGUGGCCCUAGGCCACCUCCUUGGGAUCCACUUCACCGGCUGCUCCAUGAAUCCUGCCCGCUCUCUGGCUCCAGCUGUUGUCACUGGCAUAUUUGAUGAUCACUGGGUCUUCUGGAUCGGACCCCUGGUCGGCGCCAUCUUGGGCUCCCUCCUCUACAACUACGUCCUCUUCCCGCCCAACAAGAGCCUGUCGGAGCGCCUGGCGGUGCUGAAGGGGCUAGAGCCGGACACGGACUGGGAGGAGCGCGAGGUGCGGCGGCGGCAGUCGGUGGAGCUGCACUCGCCGCAGAGCCUCCCGCGGGGCAGCAAGGCUUGAGCGCCCCGGGCCCGGCCCCAGGCUCGGGGGAGCUCCAAGCGGCCGCCUGCGGGCCCAGGUCGCACCCGGGCUUCGGGGCACCCGCCACCCCCGCCGGCCCCGGCCUGAGGUAGAAGGGCCCAUCCGCCUCUCUUUUUCCCCUGGUCCGAACUUGGCCCCCAAUGCAGAGUAGCUGUUUCCAGGAGGGCACGGCCUUACCAGGGCUGCGGGGCUAGCGGUGAGCAUGGCAGACCCCUGUCCAGAGGCUGCUGACGGGUGAAGCGUCGACCCUUUGGCCCCUUGCAGCAAUCUGGGGACUUGGGGACCGAGCUGGGGAUGGAGAGCUAGUGAGCAGUCAGAAGAAGGUUCUGGAGAGCCUGUUCCCCCUCUUCACCCCCACUGAGUGGGGUGGGAGGGUCAAAGUAUACAGACCCCACCUUAGGGGUUCUGGACAUGGGGUUUUGCUAGUAUGCAAGUGUGUGUUCAUCCUGGAGUGCCUCUCUGUCCCCAAAUGCAGGAUUGUGCAUGCUCCUAAGGUCGAGCAGGUGUGCCUGUUGUGGUGCAAGUGAGCACUGGCUGGUGACCUGCUGCCAUCCUUGACCCUCUCCUCCCCCACCGCAAUAAAUCCACUUCCUCUGCAGCCAGCCGUCAUCCCCAGGAGCUCUAAAAGCAUACUCCCCAGGAGAAGGUAAGGGAGGGUCUGGAGGCCACUUUGAGAGGGCUGAGAGAGGGCUCUGAUUUCCCUUACUCUGCCUCUCCUGGAAAAUUCCCUCAAGCUGAAACGCUGGGCCCCAAGACUUGUCAGGACCUAUUGCUGGAGGCGGAGAGGUAUCAACCAGAGAAUGGCUCCCCCAGAAGUGGCCUCUGGAAGAAAGGGCCUCCUUUCUGCCCUGAGGGAGGAUAUCUCCAAAAGAGGAAGCAGGCAUGUGUGAGUGCAUACCAACGUGUGCCUUGGAACCCCCAUCUCCGAGCGGGGCGCCUCCAGACCUAGAGAUUAGCCUCCCACUGUGACAGAGAAAACAAAAGCCCUUUUGGGGCCCCUGGCUUUGUCUUGGUGGGGGGGAUUUGCAAUUAGACACUUCUUGAAAGGAGACACUCGGUUUCGAAAGUGAGCCCUCUCAUCCCGCACACACCUAUGGCUGGCUGGGCAAGGUACUUAGGCACGCAACCACAAGCACCAGGCAACACCCUUCCAUCACCCAUCCCAUCGCAGGCCCCCCUCCCCAGGCAGCAGCUCUUCCUCCCCAGGACUUUCUCCUCUCCCCUCCCUCCCUCCUCGAGGACUCAGUCCCAGUGCUGCCUCCCUUCCGGCCCCCACCACAGGACAAUUAUUGUGGAGAGAGCAGCCUACCACUCCCAGGACCAGAGAAGGGAAAUGACUUGUCCAGGCAGGAGGCAUGUCUGUGUUCUAGAGCCUGGGCUUCUAAAUUUCCAGGCCAGUGCAUUAGUUCUCAAAUGAGAUUAACUGGGACUACGUGAGAUGAUGCCGUGUAAAGAUGCUGUGUGAAUGUAAUUCCUCAUAUCAUUAUCAUGCAUUAUUGAAAUGAUUUCAUUAUUUCUGCUUCCUGGGGCGAGAACUCAGAAGGGGCCUGACCCUUGGCCUCUUUUACCUCCUUUAAUUGGUGGUCAAAGCAAAGGAGAGCCCUGGGAACCCUAAGGUGCAGGCAGAAGAGAUGGGCUUGGGGUUGGCCCCGCCCUGGUCCAGCCUCUGAACCUUUCCAGGCCUGAAUGCACCCUGGCUGUUCUCUCCUUUCUUUCCUCCCACUACCCAGAGCAUCCAUUCUCUUUUUUCUCUCCAGCCUGUAGCAUAGCUAACCUAAGAAUCACACCUUGAGCCCCCUUCUCCAUGCUCUCUGUUGCCUCUAUGCUUUCAAGGCUUUUAUCUGUGUCUGUCCCACACCGCACCAAACACUCACUGUGCACUGUAGUCUCCAGCUCCUUACUGCCCUCCACUCCCUUCAGAGAUGGACUGAGUAUAAGGAACAUCCCUGUAAUCAUGCCCACCUUUGCAUCAAUGUCUUUUUUGUCUUCCUUAACUAAGG